GAUUGAAAACUAAACUGCCCCUUCCCAAAGCAGGUGCACCUCUGCCAGUGAAGUCUUCUUGUUGACCAUCUCGUUUCACCAGUGACGGAACCUUGGUGAAGGUGUGAUGGGACAAACAUGUUUACAUUUGUCAGAAGAGGCAGAAGUGGAUGUGAGAGAAAGAGAGACACAGAGAGACAGAGAGCCAAAGAGGGCAAGAGACUUGACUUUAAGAGACUCCUGUAUUGACAACUCCAUGCAGUUCGGAACCAGAACGACUACAGCUGAACCAGGGUUCAUGGGGACAUGGCAAAACGCUGAUACUAACCUCUUAUUCAGAAUGUCCCAACAGGUUCCAGUGGCAUGUGCUGGCAGAGUGCUGGGUGCAGACUUCUGCCCAAACCUGGAGGAGCCAGACCAGAGGCUGGAAGUCCAGGCCAUCCGUUGCACACUGGUAAACUGCACGUGUGAAUGUUUUCAGCCGGGGAAGAUUAACCUGAGGACUUGCGAUCAGUGUAAACAUGGCUGGGUGGCACAUGCCUUGGAUAAGCUCAGCACGCAGCACCUGUACCACCCCACCCAGGUGGAGAUUGUGCAGUCCAACGUGGUGUUCGACAUCAGCAGCCUGAUGCUCUACGGGACGCAGGCGGUGCCCGUGCGGCUAAAGAUCCUGCUGGACCGUCUCUUCAGUGUCCUGAAGCAGGAGGAGGUGCUGCACAUACUGCACGGCCUGGGCUGGACGCUACGGGACUACGUCCGGGGGUACAUCCUUCAGGAUGCUGCCGGCAAGGUACUGGACCGCUGGGCCAUCAUGUCUCGAGAAGAGGAAAUCAUCACCCUUCAGCAGUUUCUGCGGUUCGGAGAAACCAAGUCCAUUGUGGAGCUGAUGGCAAUUCAGGAGAAAGAAGGGCAGGCCGUAGCUGUACCAUCUUCAAAGACAGACUCAGACAUAAGGACUUUCAUUGAGAGCAAUAAUCGCACCCGGAGUCCCAGCCUUCUUGCUCACCUAGAGAACAGCAACCCUUCCAGCAUUCAUCACUUUGAAAACAUCCCCAACAGCCUCGCAUUUCUGCUUCCAUUCCAGUACAUAAACCCAGUCUCGGCCCCACUGCUAGGAUUGCCUCCAAAUGGGUUACUGUUAGAGCAACCGGGACUAAGGCUGCGGGAACCAAGCCUUUCGACCCAGAAUGAAUACAACGAGAGCAGUGAAUCUGAAGUAUCUCCCACACCUUAUAAGAAUGAUCAGACACCCAAUAGAAAUGCCCUGACCAGCAUUACUAAUGUGGAGCCCAAAACCGAGCCAGCCUGCGUAUCUCCCAUUCAGAAUUCUGCCCCAGUCAGUGAUCUGACCAAGACUGAACACCCAAAAAGCUCCUUCCGGAUUCACCGGAUGAGAAGGAUGGGUUCAGCCUCUAGGAAAGGAAGAGUGUUUUGUAACGCAUGUGGGAAGACAUUCUAUGACAAAGGUACUCUCAAAAUUCAUUAUAAUGCUGUUCACCUGAAGAUCAAACACCGAUGCACCAUCGAAGGUUGCAACAUGGUCUUUAGCUCCCUCCGAAGCCGGAAUCGCCACAGCGCAAACCCUAAUCCUCGCCUCCACAUGCCCAUGCUACGAAAUAACCGAGACAAAGAUUUAAUUCGGGCCACAUCAGGAGCUGCCACCCCCGUCAUAGCAAGUACAAAAUCAAAUCUCACACUCACAAGCCCUGGCCGGCCCCCAAUGGGUUUUACCACUCCCCCACUAGACCCAGUCUUACAGAAUCCUCUGCCUAGCCAGCUGGUGUUUUCUGGGCUAAAGACUGUACAGCCAGUUCCUCCAUUUUAUAGAAGUUUACUCACUCCAGGGGAAAUGGUGAGUCCUCCAACCUCCCUCCCGACCAGUCCCAUCAUUCCAGCCACUGGUACCAUCGAGCAGCACCCCCCACCACCUUCUGAGCCCACAGCACCAGUAGUGAUGAUGGCCACUCACGAGCCCAGUGCCGACCUGGCGCCCAAGAAGAAGCCCAGGAAGUCCAGCAUGCCUGUGAAGAUUGAGAAGGAGAUCAUUGAUACUGCUGAUGAGUUUGAUGAUGAAGAUGAUGACCCCAACGAUGGUGGAGCUGUGGUCAACGACGUGAGCCAUGACAAUCAUUGCCACUCCCAAGAGGAGAUGAGUCCAGGCAUGUCUGUGAAGGACUUUUCUAAACACAGCAGGACCCGGUGCAUUUCUAGGACUGAAAUAAGAAGGGCUGACAGCAUGACUUCUGAGGACCAAGAACCUGAGCGGGACUAUGAGAAUGAGUCUGAGUCUUCAGAGCCCAAACUAGGCGAGGAGUCCAUGGAAGGGGAUGAGCACAUUCACAGUGAAGUGAGCGAAAAAGUCCUGAUGAGCAGUGAGAGGCCUGAUGAGAACCACAGUGAGCCCUCUCACCAGGAUGUCAUCAAGGUGAAGGAAGAAUUCACAGAUCCCACUUACGACAUGUUUUACAUGAGCCAGUAUGGACUGUACAACGGUGGGGGAGCCAGCAUGGCAGCCCUGCAUGAAAGUUUUACAUCGUCUCUGAAUUAUGGCAGCCCUCAGAAGUUCUCCCCAGAAGGGGACCUGUGUUCUAGCCCAGACCCCAAAAUCUGUUACGUGUGCAAGAAGAGUUUCAAAAGCUCCUACAGUGUGAAGCUUCACUACAGGAAUGUUCACUUAAAAGAGAUGCAUGUGUGCACGGUGGCUGGCUGCAAUGCUGCCUUCCCCUCUCGCCGAAGCAGAGACAGAAACAGAAAUUUACGGAUGGAAAGAACCAUAGGUCCAGGACAUCGAGACAGCCUGCAUCUCCGUAGACACAGCGCCAACAUAAACCUGCAUCGCAAACUGUUGACCAAAGAACUCGAUGACAUGGGCCUGGACUCAGCGCAGCCCUCCCUUAGCAAGGACCUCCGGGAUGAAUUUUUGAUGAAGAUCUAUGGUGCCCAGCACCCUUUGGGGCUUGAUGUCAGGGAAGACGCCUCCUCUCCCGCAGGGACUGAAGACUCCCACCUGAAUGGGUACGGGAGAGGCAUGGCAGAGGAUUACAUGGUCCUUGACCUGAGCACCACCUCCAGCCUGCAGUCCAGCAGCAGCAUCCAUUCCUCCCGAGAAUCCGACGCGGGCAGCGACGAGGGGAUUCUUCUCGACGACAUCGAUGGGGCGAGUGACAGUGGGGAGUCUGCACACAAGGCUGAGGUCCCUGCCCUCCCCGGCAGUUUAGGGGCCGAAGUUCCAGGAUCUCUGAUGUUCAACAGCUUGUCCGGGAGCAAUGGUGGGAUCAUGUGCAACAUUUGCCACAAAAUGUACAGCAACAAGGGGACUUUGAGAGUGCACUACAAAACUGUGCAUUUGCGAGAAAUGCACAAGUGCAAAGUCCCCGGUUGCAAUAUGAUGUUUUCCUCUGUGCGAAGCCGAAACCGGCACAGUCAGAACCCUAAUCUCCACAAAAACAUUCCCUUCACUUCAGUAGAUUAGGCUCAGAAUGGACACUACAGAUGCCAGCUCUCACCAGAUGGCCUACAUAUUUGAACUGCCAUAGUCAGUGUGUGCUUGUGUACUUGGGUGUGUGUGUAUGUGUGCGUGUGUGCGUGUGUGUGUGUACACAUGUACGCCUCUGUGUCUACAUACACACACACGCAUCUUUUCUUUAGAUAUAAAAAGAUGAACACUAGGUGCUUUUGAAAUUAUUUUCUUUUUCCUUUAUAGUUUUGGGAAAGGGGUGGGAGUGAAAACAGAGUACCCUUAAAACACACAUACACACACACACACAAAGUGUGCAACUAGCCCAAAUUCUGAAAGAAUAAGAAUUCUCGGUCCUCUCCAGAGGGACAGUUUGUUAUACCCAUAACUGUUGCCUGCAAAGAAAUAAAUAAAAGGGGAAAAAAAAGAAAAAAGAAACAAAAAAGGAACUUCUUACAGUUGUCUUUUGUGAACUUUAAGGUUUUGAGCGAAUCUUCAAUUAAAGCAUGGCAGAUUCACCUGUAAAUAUUUAGCCUUGAGAGGCCAAUGAUGUAAAGCAAUUGUAUUGAUGGUUGUUUAACUCUUUUGUUUAAUUUUUACAGUUACAUCCAGCUGUUAGAUAUGCAGGAGAAAAAUAGUUUGCUGGCUAGCUCUAUUCAUUUAUGUUAGCAUUAAUGCACAUUUUUUUUUUUUAAAGAAAAACCAUGGUCUUGUUUUUACUACCUGCUAGAUAUAGUGAUAAAGAGGUGCUGGCAUGCUUUACAGCACAGAUCUGAUUUUUUAAAAUGUCCUGUACUAGUACAUAAAUCCAGUCAUGCACUUUUUUUCAUACACUACAAGGGGAUGUGUAAUAUCCAUGCUUCUUUUUUUAUCCUUAAACUAUUGCCAUACUUCAAGUAAGUGUCUUUUUAAAAAAAUUCACUUGUAUAAAAAUGGUCUGGUCAGUAUAGGGCACAAAUGCCAAACAAAAGUAUUAGUGUUAACACAAAACUGCCAACUUUGCACAAGUUUCCAGAAAAGAAAAUACAAUUAGUCACUCAACAUAACCACAGGCCAAUUUGUCGGCCACCAGAAAACCGCUUUAAAAAAAGAACACUUGGUGAUUCUUUCAAGUGCCGAAUGUUAUUAGAAUCAACAUUGCAUCCUUCUUGCUUAUAUGUUAAGUUACAUAAAAGGAAAACAAAAUUAUGUGGUGUGAAACAGCCAAGGCAUUUGCUCUUCAGAGGCAGGAUAAUAUUUCAGGAUACAAAAGCCCAAAUUACUCACUAUGGAACAAAGCUGAAAAUAGUAAAAGUGUUGAACACUCAUUUCCAAGGACCUAACCCUUCUCCUUUAAAAAGAAAGAAGUAAGUCUGCACUGGGUUGGUCUGUUGUAUGGCUGUCUAAUUUUUUGCAAGUUAGGCAGUCGUCCUAUGAUUCAGGCCCGUUUGAUAGACAAAAUCAAAAGACAUUUCACAGCGGCAGUUACUCAGAAGCUUUGAAAACAUGUGCUGAACUUGAAUUGAGCAACACUCCUUUCUGAAAAGCCAGACGAAGGAAGGGGGGUUUAAAAUAGGAUCUCUCACUGUUGAGUGUUUUGUGUUUCCCCACAUGAUUUGUCAGAGAGAAAUGAAAGCAAGCCUGAAACCCAGCAAUUGAGAGUGAGAAAGAGGGAGAGACAAUUCUCCAAACCUUUUUUGUUUUGUUUUGUUUUGUUUCCGAUGUUUACACAUGUUGCCUGAGCUGGUUAACCACAUGGGCAGCCCUCAGCUACCACAACAUACUGACUAAAUGAUGAUAUUUACUCAAGUUCAGUCUGCAGCCAAAACCAUUAGGACGUGCAUUGCAGACUGUGUUUUGUUGUCUUUUUUUUUUUUUUUUUUAAGUGGAGGGGGGAAAGACAGAUAAACAAGGAAUAUUUUGUCUAACAGUACACAAUAAUUUAAAGAGAAUGUAUUUCUUUUCUGCAUUUAAUGGCCUCAAACAUUUCUCUCAUCGGUCUCAAGGUUAGAAAUACCCCCUUUGUUUGAACUUUGCAUGUUGUUUCCAUUUUUCAUAUGUUUUGUAAUUAUUUUUUCUAUGUUCACAUCAGCAUUCACUUCCGUUAAAUUUGCCAAAGGAAACUGUUAAUAUGUUUCUGUUGUUGUUAUUAUUCCUGUAGGAUUUAUUGUACCUCACAGUAUUUAUUGUUUCCAAAAAUAAGCAUCAUUAGUUGAGGAUUCAGUAUUUUUAUUUGUAAAAAUUUCAGAAACAAUAGAUUCUUCAAGAUAAGCUAGACUUGUCUAGAAGCUUCAUCUUUUCAUCUCCUUCAGAGGAUACUAUGGGGUUCGUUUAAUUCGUUUGUUCUCCAGUGAGGAAAGACCAAAAGUAUUCGCAGUACAAAAAAAACCAUAUCAAACACUAUGUCUGUUAAAUGACAAAUGUUUACGGUAAAAAGCUGAGGAAUUAGUAAUAACCAUUUUUGUUUUCUUGUACCUUUGAAUUUCCCAAAGUCUUAAUUGCUUUAUUUUGGUGUUGUGUUAAAUUGAAUAGACAGAGAUGUUUUCCUUUGUUUUAUACCAUAUAAGACUAUGUACAGUAUGUUUGUGAAAAAUUGAACUAGAAUAAUGAAAGUUUGUUUGCAAACAUUUUCGUCCUCUUAGCAUUCUCUGUGUUGCGCUGUUGCCCCACUACCAAAUGAUUUGAGUCAAAAGGGUGGAAAAAAUAUUUUUUAGUAUCCCAAGAAGAGAUUAGGGAGACACUAGCUUUUGGAUUGUGAAAGACUGAAUUACACCUAGUUUUAUGAAAAUUAACACAUUUUUAUUUCAGUGAUAUUUAAAAGUUAUACUCUUGGCUGAGCUAUUAGAACUCAUCUUGUACAGAAUCAAUGUUUAGUCUGUUUAAUUUAAUGUCAACUAAAAGGUCAAAUAGCCCUCGUGAGUGAAUUACAUAGCUGUCAGCAGGUCACAUCAGCAAAUGAACUGGGCUUAGAACAAAUGUUUGUUGCUUGCCACAACCCGGGCUAAUGUGAAUAGCCAGUUAGAACAGCCCGGAAGUAAUGAGAUUCUCCAAGUAGAAUUCCCCUUGCUCUUGUGAAUGUGUUCGCCUGAGAUUUGUCAGAGAAAUGGCCAUGAGUCCUGGACAACUGGCUCUUGUUUUGAAGUGUCUCCCCUAUUUGCUACUGCUUUUGUGCCUCAAGUGCCCAAAUGUUAUGGUGGCCUUCUAAAUGGGUGAAAAACACUUUCUAGUAUAAAGCCUACUUGCUUAAAAAGUGACCGGGGGAGUGGAUGGAAGCAAAGUGGCACCUGGACUUAACAUGUAACAUUAUGGAUUGCACAGGGCUUCCCGUCCCAGAGUGUUGCUUGUUCUUGGGUGUGUGCCUGAGCACAAUGUUUUGACUUAACUGUACAUCUAGUUAGGACAGUGAUCCCAAGGCUUACUUGCAAACGGGAAGGCAAAAGAGAUCAGCAUUUUAAUCACUGGGCCCUUCGUCUUUGUCCGUUUUCUACUCGUUUGUUUUUUCGUAGGAGUUUUCUAUGGUGAAACGGUUUCUCUCGAGCUGCAUCCAUUCUGUGCUGGCUGAAAAGGAAGGGCGAUGCAGAUUUUCAUGCAAGCAGCUUUCCCCCAUUUGAUUGAUUUAACCACGGUUUUGUCACAGGUAGAAAAUGAGGCAGUAUUAUUAAUGUGCAUGUUCACUAGCUGAUGUCGAAACUUACUGUUUUGAUCAUUUUAAACUAUGUUUUUGUACAUAUCAGAGAGGCUGAGUCUGCUUUAGGGAACGCCUGCACGCUGCAGAGGCGACGGCAAAGAGCAAGAGGAGGGGUAGAUGAUGCGUAAUUUGGUUUUUAAAAUGGGAUUAAGAAGCUGGACCCUCUUUGUUCUGCUAUUAAUUGUAUGGAGAUAAGUCAGUGCAAUGUAAUGCUUCUCAGGAUCCUAGUCUAGCUGUCCAGUGCAGCCUGAGACCUUUUAAAGAUUUGAAGGUAUUAAUGCUUUCUUUCUCAACGUGAAUAACAUCUUUUUUGAAAAUGUGUUUAGCACAAUGGUGCCACUGUCCUUGUAGUGUGAUUUCUUUGGUCAUGAAUUUCCAGGCCCUUCUAGUAAGAGGAGAAAGACACUUCCUUGGUUAACAGCCCUGUUACUGUAUACAUUGCUCUUAAAACAAAAACAAACUAACAAAAAACCAACCAAACAAACAAAAACUUGGAAUAUACCAAGAAUAGGCUGCGAUUCCAGAGGCCUUCUCCCCAUUUUACUCAGGAGAAACCAAGUACUAGAUUCCCACCAAAUAAAAGUGACCUUUUGGACCCCUUCCUAGGUACACACCCCAGAUGUGUACCAAGCAAAUGAGAAUGGAGGCCAUUGGCAAUUAAAACAUAAGCCGGGAACCAGCUUGGGGUGGACAUGCUGCUAACUGCUAACAGUUGACCUGAGCAGUCCUAACUUGUACUCGGUCUGUUAACGUUGGAUUUGAUUGACUAACAGAGUAAAUAAAACUCAGCUGUAAUAAGACACACCACAUCUGCUAUCAAAGAAAACAACCAGAAGAAAUUUUCUUUUAUUCCCCUUACAUACUCCUUAACUUCUAAACAAUUACAAUAAAUUUUAUUCAUUAAAAACUCAGAAUAUUUAAGUUAGAGGAUCUCACUUCUCCCUCCCAUGCUUUGUCUUUUAAUGGGUAUGGCCUAAGGGUGGUAAGGAGGGCGAUAAAAGGCAGGUGCCAAAAAGACUGGAGGGAAUGAGUUUUUCCAAAAGCAGAGUAAGGGGUACCAAGUAGAGGAUUGGUACCUGCCCUGGUUUGGGGUAGCGAGAAAGGAAAAUGGUGAAUGAACCCGAAGUGUUUGUGCAAAAGAAAGGUCUGGUACACUUGUGCCUAGCAGUGGUGAGAGCAUAUGAUGCACCGCCCCACAGAGCUCCCUAUGACCAGGUGCACCACGGCACCCCAGUCUGAGUAACAGGGGAAAGCAAAGACAGCUGCAUGGAAAUACCGGUUCCUUACGGGUCAGAAUAGCCAACAAGGGCACUGUGGGGGCGUUUUCUUUGCUUUUGGUUUUGUUUUGUGGGUGGGAAGUGAUGGUGGAGUCCCUAAGGGAAGCAAAGAGAUGUGGUGGGUCACCUAGGUUCUAGAAAAGGCUGGUGGUCAAACUGGGCUCUUAAAUGUAUUUUUUGCAUCAUGACUUUUGCAUGGCCCUAUAGCCAUGAUUGUAAUGCCACUUGGCUAAAGCCUUCUUGUCCAAAAUGGGAGCUCAUUUACCUCCCUGUGAAGCAUAAAAGUAACUCUUCUGUUUUCAUGUUUUCCUGCAAAGCGAAAGCAUGUGGCAGUCUUCCUCGUGUUAGAAUUAAGAUCAUAUCUGAUGUGUCUCGGACUCAUUUCCCUGCUCCCUGUAGUUGGAGAGUUGCUCCCCAUAAAUGGUAACUUGGAAUUAGUGUUUAUAAAUCCAGCUGUAACACCAAUGGGUGAAUUAGUCUACAAUCACUCCAGCCCAAACACCCACCCUUCCCUGUAUCCUUCCGUCAUCCUCCUUCUUUCCACAUCUUGCCCAAGAUGAUGCUUGCGGUCAUGCGGCAAUAACUGGACAUCAGAUACUGUCUUUUGGCAUCUGCUGAAAACUCCAAAUGCCUAAUGAUGGGGUUUUUUAAAAAUGAGCAUUUUUUACAAGUACUCUGAAUUGGAUCAGCAUUAUCAUUCAUUAUAAUGCUAGAUAUAUUUUUGAAACAACAUCCUAUAGUUGUUAUAAAACUACCCUUAUUCUUUUCUAAAGUGUUAUUGUAAAUUCAUUUGACCUUUACUGCAAAAAAAAAAAAAAAAAAAAAAAAAAACUUUUUUAUAUAGAGUAUCAAGACAAGGCUCAGUUUGUAACAAAUAGUGGACCAUUACAAAAGAGGAAAGGAAAAAGCUGGGGCUGAGCAGUGAGAAGCUUCAGUUCAAUUUCACCUCAUAUCUUUCUAAUAACUUACUUGUCACUUUAUUACCUUCCAGUAAUGUGAAUGCUGCUGACAAGACUGUCACACUAACAGCAGACAACACCCUCUCCGCCUCAGCCCCAGCUCUCCUGGCUACUUAUUGCCCUGGCCCUGAAGGGACACAAACUAAUAGUGUGCUUUCCAGUUCAGCACUUGGCCAUCAAAUAUAAAAGGAUGCGUAAUUGCCUGUUUAUCCCUUGUGGGGGGGAAAUGGAGUACAAGGGCUCGGCUUUCCCACUGAGUUCCCUGAUGUACACACACAUUCACAACUCUCCCUCUCUGUCUUUCUCCUUCCCUCUCCGUCUCUCCCUCUCUCCCUCCCCUCUUCCUCUUCCUUCUUGCUUCUCUCCCUCUCCUCCCAACACACAAGUGCGCACCCACGCGCACACACACCCACACACCUACUAAGCUACUUUGGUAAGCCCGAGGCUGCCUCUCCAAAUCCCUCUCCAGCUAUUAAAUGGACAGUAACAAGAUGACUCCUUAAAGGGUCAGUAGAGAGACCCUGUGACAGCAUUCUUUGCGUCUUUAGAAACUAAGUAUUGCAAUUCCAUGCUCACUCAUUUUAGGAGUACUGGAUGUGGCCCCCAGAAUUGGAACAAAAUGUCCCACAAGUCAGUGGCAUAAUGAGAUCACCCCACACUCUGGAAGGAAAGCAUUAUAGUAUUUUCCUUUCCCUUUGCAAAGUGCAUAUGUUGGAGACAAGUUGGUUGUGCAUGGUGGUAAAGAGCUGUUUUCGCUUUGAUCUAAAUGCACACAGGUACCUUGAAAUGAACACCUCUGCAUCCACAGUGUAAGUGACAGCUUCACUGUCGUUUUGUGAAACUGCACUGACAAUCCCAAAAAAGCGGGGGGUGGGAGAGGUGAUGGGGCUUCUUACUUUAAUCACCAAAAUAGGAACUACCCUAAAUGUAAGAGGUAAAUUCUCCACUUGGGGAGGAUUUUGAUAACUACAAGUAGAGCGCGCUUUACAGAGAAAAGUGACGAGGAGGAAGACAUGAAAAUGCUGCGUUCCGAAAUACCUUGAGCCCAAACCACCUGUAAGUAGUGGCUGCUGCUCUUGUAUAGUGGACUGUUUUGAACUGCUAAAUGGUGGUUGGAAAGUGGCUAGUUAGUGACUGAGUGAAGCCCAAGAUCGAUCUGUAGGUCCUCACGGAACCAGGGGACUCCAUGCCUCCUCCCCGCCCUCUGGCAGCGGGUCUGACAGAAGUUGUUGACCCCCGCUGUGAGCAGUCACAUGGCAAAUACAUUUGUCAACCGAAUGAGAUGUGUGCAGGUGUCAACUUUGAUGUGUACUUUUGGAGGGAGAAAAGCAGGAGACUUAGAGAUAGAAAGCUUAACAGGUUUUUGUUGACAACUUUGUGCAAAAUAAUUUCAUUAGCCAGUCUGAGGACUGGGGAGAGAAGCACUUUGAGCAAGGAUUCUUGGGGUCAGAGAAAAAGCAGUUGGCUUCAUGUUGUUUUAGUUCCUCCAGUAUGUAUAUAUUACAAUCAUUUAUCAAACAUCUUAAUAGAAUCUUAAAUGAAUUAAAAACUCAAUUGCCAAAAUUGCACAGGAUCUGCUAACUAAUAUUAGCUUUCCUCCUUGAAUUAACAGGGAUGCUUGAGGACCUUUCCAAUUUUUUUUUAAUGCUUUUUUUCCUUAAGUUUCAUUUAAAAAGGAAAAGAAUCUUUGAAAGGAAGGAAGAGCAGAAAAAGGUAUUUUAACAAAAAAUGGAGAGAAGUAGAUAGUAUAAAAAUAUAUUUCUUGAAGAGAGAGAGUAUCUAAGUGCUAUACCAAGACUUUAUAAGGCUUCUGUUGCCAAAUGUGAUGUUGAAGUAAUGCACAAAGAAGACGGCGAAUCAAUCCAUUAUUAACCGGCCCUGCCCACUUCCGCUGCGGGACCCGAGGACUGAGAGGGGACUCUAGGGAGCCCCUGGAUAUGUGGGAAAGCCCCUCUCACCUGGCCCGGCAAGUGUUUUCCAAAAGAGAGGGAGAAAACCCCAGGCCUCUUGGUAGUCCCAGUGCAAGGUGAGCUGACCCGGCGGGGUCUCAGUGGGAGCCCAGCAGCCUGCCUUUUCCACGCUGGGAGACGAGGGUUCCCCCGCCCCGCCUGAGAAUCAGUGCGGUAGCGGAGAAGCAUUGAUUCAAGAGGUAUAAUGCGCUGAGUUAAUAGGUUCACUUGAGAUGUAUAAACCAAGGUUGAUUGUUUAUUUUUUUUUUCAUCUAGUACUCAAUUUGGAGCGUUUUUGCAUGUCUCUGUACAGAGUAAUCCAUUCCUUUCAUUGCCUAUCUUAAUCUCCCCUGACUUUUUCAUUAUCUUUCCACUCCCGCCCUUUGCUCUCCUUCCGAUCUCACCGACCCCCUUAAAAAAAAUCUUUUCUGGAGCAAGAAGGUAGAACACUCCCUCCCUCAUCCCGAUUUUGAUCACUUUGGAAACAUGUGUGUGUUCUACCCUGUCCAGGGUUUACAUAACAUGAAUUAAGUGAAUGAGAUGUUCUAGUAUUAUGUAUUAACCUGAUAUGACUAUCUAAGAUUUAUAAUAUAUGGUGCACUCGCUUUCCCAUGCGAACUUUGGUUCAGCUGCCCUGCAGAGAAAUGUUACCAUUUUCCUAACAGUGCCAGUAAAAAAAAAAAAAAGAAAAAAGUGCAGGAGAGUUUAACUGUAGAUACACGGAGAUCAGAGAGUCAAGGAAGCUCAAGGAACAGGGGGAGACGUUGGUCUGAGGCCAGCUGGGCCCUUCCUCUAAGCUGGAGGCAGGUUGAGGCUCUGGGAAGGAAAGCUCUCUGUUCUCCCCUGCAGAUGAAGGGCUAGUCCUUCAAGAACUAGCAAGAUCCCUCACACAGUUGGGAGAACACAUUAACAUUCUACUUUACCCCAAGCCCACCAGUGUGUCUCCAUAACAAAAACAUUCGGCUUGACCUGCAUAUUUGACAGCAAAAGUGGCCAAAGGGAAUCGAAAUAUCUUGAGGAAAAGGAAUUUUCACCAAGAUAGGUCCUCUCCCUGCCCCAGAGUUUGGGGUCAUUGCUUUCCUCGUUUACGUUGUUCUCAUCUGCAUCGAAAUAGUCUCUUCUGCUAAAGCCUGUCACAGAGCCAAAGUCUGUGCUCCACAAGGCAGCUGCACCAAGGGAUAGGGAUGGCUCGCACCCCCCGAUGUAAUACUCGUGACGUCGGUAGUUUCAGAAAUACUGUAUGUACCUUGAAUGAGGGUUUUUUUCUGUUUUGUUUUGUUUUGCUUUGUUUUGAUUAGUAGUCUGAGGGAAUGAAAAGUUUUAUUUGCUAUUUCCUUUGUUGUAUUUUCUGUACUAUAACUGUCUACCGUAUGUCUUUUGCAUAAAAUGCAUAAGGGUUUGGGGAUGUAAAUGGAAUUUUAUUCAUAUUUUGUCCAAAUACCUCUUGUAAUUUGUAUCAGAAUUCUUGUACAAUUUUUAUAUUAAAGAUUUAUCAGUCACUAACCUC